AAAAGGAAUAACAAAAAAAAACGAAAAAAUAGUUCUAUCGAUAUUUUAAUAUUGAUUAACUUUAGUGGGGCGCUGCUGCAUGCUUGAGUAAUGGUUCCAUAUACAACUGUAACGAUUAUUAUUGCAACAACGAGAACUAGCAUUCAAGCCGUGCGGCGUCAUGAGAGUGAAAAUGUUUAGUAUCAAUCACCGUCUCAAACAUGAUGAAAAUUGCUAAAAUCAUCAUUUUUGAACUUCAACCUCGUAAAAUCAACGCAUCAACAACAACACAACAUUUACCGUUAAAAAGUAACAAAUUAUCUGCCGUCACAUCGAUUUCUCUCGUCAUCCCGUGCGCCAACCCAGAGAGAUGUCCAAACACAAUAGAAUAGGUGGCAAAGACAAUAAACCUCAUCCGCGCAUCAGUUACCUAACUCACAGUCCGCAUCGCUCAAUGCCGCCGGAAAUUAUGUCUAUCGACGAGUCCGACACGCUGCUCGAGGAGGGAUGCGAGGCGUGCGUUGUCGGCGAAAUUGUCAGCGAAAGACGUGAUCGGCGCAAAAAUGGCUCACAUCUGCCGGAAACAAGCAUCAAUCGACGUCUCAUAAAUCCCGCUGUCACAAUUGUCGAGAUGACGACGCCCACAGACAAGGUAGCGAUACCUCUUUUGACCCCGCUCGAAGGCACUUCGCCAUCGCCGUACUCGGAAAAUAACACGACAGUCAAUUCAACAGGCAUCCAAUUGUCCAUGGAUAAGGGAUUGCACGAAUGGGGUGAGGCGACACGGAGUUUCGUGAAGGCACAACAAAGACGUCAUGCUGGCAGAGCAACGUUUCAAGGCAAAAUUUACAAUUUUUUAGAACGACCAACGGGAAUUCGAUGUUUCCUCUAUCACUUUGUCGUGUAAGUAGCACAAACUUUUCCUCUUAUAAUCUUCAUUAAAUAAUAAUUUGUGUGAGGUGGUCUCAUCAAAGAAUCUUGUGCGCAACGAAAAUGACGACAAUGAAUAUUCGACUAAUCGAUCAUGCCAAAAUUAUUCGUUUGCCCAUGAAU